CCGACAAUUCCAUAACGACUCCUUUUACGUACUUCUCAAGUCGUUGUACAUAAUUGCUGGCAUUGGACGAUUGAGAGUUUAUCUCUCGUCUAGAUUACGUCUAAGAUAUCUUCUAUCCCGCACCGACUUGUACCAUUUUACUCAAUCUCAAAAUAUACAUCCAAGCACAAAAUCACCUAUAACGCCGCAUCACAUCACAUCGCAUCGCAUCACAUCUACUCCUCGAACCCAUCAAUUACCAUGUCUCGCUCCCCCACGAAAAGAAUCCUCACCGAACUAACCGCCUACAACAACUCCCCUCCCUCCCCAAGCCAAACCGGCAUCGUCUCUCUCGCGCCCUCACCCUCCUCCCUCCUAACCCUCUCCGCAAUCCUACAAUGUCCAUCCUCCUCGCCCCCAUCCCUAGGCUACCUCAACGGACGCUGGCUCCUCUCCAUCUCCCUCCCCUCUAACUAUCCCAUCGGCGCACCAAAAAUAAAAUUUGUAACUCGAAUCUGUCAUCCGAAUGUUAAAUGGGAGACCGGGGAGAUAUGUCUCGAUGUUUUGGGGGAUAAGUGGACGCCGGUUCUGGGGGUCGUGGGCGCGUUGGAAUGUGUGGGUGCGCUUGUUGCCGGGGGUGGGGAUGAGACUAGUCCGUUGAAUGUGGAGGUUGCUAAGUUGAGGGGAUGGGGAUACGGUGGGGGCGAGGGCGUUGGUGGGCUGGUGGUGUGCGGAGGAGAGGUUUGAGGGGGUUUUGGAGGAUGCUUAGAUUUGGGUGUGGAGGGGGAAGUGGGUAGAGAAUGGGAAAAUGGUGGAUAAUUGGGAGGGGAUGGUAAAAAGAGAAGGGUGUCAAUAUCAUGCGGAAAGAAAUGUGCGGAUAUUUGACGUAAAUUGGUAGCAGAUUGCACUUGGGAAUGCGCUUACAUCACGACUUACCUACAGACACGUUCUGAUCCAAAAUAUAUCCCACAAAAUUACGAGUAUGAAAUCGACUUAGCGCCUAGCAUUGCCAUUAUCGAAUUUACCAAGCGCCGCCUCCUAUACAAUGACGAAGAACUAGGAGAAAAGAAUAAUUUGAACACAGCAUUUAGAGUUUAUUAGCAGGGCGUUUGGGUUUCAUACCACAGUCGAACUACUACAGUGGAAAGAAAUUACAGAAAGAGAUGAUACUUACUAUACGAAAUUGAGGAGGGAAAGAGUUGUACUUUCUUGCAUGUACUAUUGAUAGGUUCUAUGUGGUUAGAUAUGUAGAUCUUAUGUUUAUAUAUAAUCUUACUUCAAGGGAAAAUCGUUAUACGGUUAUAUGUAUUUAUCUACCUACCUAUUCAUUCAUUCAUUUAUUCAUUUAUUUAUCU